AUGGCUGAGUUUUUGAGGCAAUUGCCAAUGUCAAUGCCGAGGCAGGCCUUGAACAACCACAACCACCACCAAAUGCCGAGGCAAGCUUCCCUCACAAACCAUCACUAUCAUCACUACCAUCUUCACCAUGUUCUGCAUGUUCUCCUCUUUACACUUCUUGCUUCACCUCUUUCCUUUGCUUCCAAUGAUGAAGUUGGUGCUUUGCUUUCAUGGAUGCAUAGCUCCUCCGAAGUUCCUUCAGCUUUUUCUAACUGGAACCCUUUGGACUCUACUCCUUGCAAAUGGUCAUACAUCAAAUGCUCUUCAGAAAGCCUUGUUACUGAGAUAAACAUUCAAGGAGUUGAGUUAGCCCUUCCUUUUCCUUCCAAUAUCUCUUCCUUUCCCUUCCUUCAAAAGCUUGUCAUUUCUGGAACUAACCUCUCUGGGGCUAUCUCACCUGACAUUGGGAAUUGCAAUGAGCUUACAAUCAUUGACCUUAGCUCAAAUAGUCUUGAGGGUAACAUUCCUUCAAGUAUAGGGAAGCUCAAAAAGCUCCAAGACUUGAGCUUGAACUCUAACCAGCUAACUGGUCCAAUUCCAAGGGAACUUGGUGAUUGUGCUAAUCUUAAGAACCUUGACAUUUUUGACAACAACCUUAGUGGGGAUCUUCCUGUUGAGCUGGGAAAGCUUUCAAAUCUGGAGGUUGUAAGAGCAGGAGGAAACAAGGGUAUUGUGGGGAAGAUUCCAGAUGAGCUUGGGGAUUGUAGGAAUUUGACAGUGUUGGGUCUUGCUGAUACUAAAAUUUCUGGUUCAAUGCCUGCAUCACUGGGUAAGCUAAGCAUGCUUCAGACCAUGUCUAUUUAUAGUACUAUGCUCUCUGGUGAGAUUCCUCCUGAAAUAGGCAACUGUUCAGAGCUUGUGAAUUUGUUUUUGUAUGAGAAUGAUCUAUCUGGUUCACUGCCAAAAGAGCUAGGUAAGCUUCAGAAGCUGGAAAAGAUGCUGUUGUGGCAAAACAAUUUUGCUGGUAGUAUACCUGAGGAGAUUGGCAACUGCAGGAGCUUGAAGAUUUUUGAUGCCUCCUUAAAUUCUUUGUUUGGUAGAAUACCUCAAAGUUUGGGGCAACUCUCAAAUCUUGAAGAGCUUAUGCUAAGUAACAAUAACAUAUCUGGUUCAAUACCACCUGCUCUUUCCAAUCUUACUAACCUUGUGCAGUUACAGUUAGAUACAAAUCAGCUAUCAGGUUCAAUUCCACCUGAGCUUGGAAGGUUGACAAAGCUAACAGUCUUUUUUGCAUGGCAGAACAAACUUGAAGGUGGCAUUCCAUCAGCAAUGGGAGGUUGUAGAAGCCUUGAGGCUCUUGAUUUGUCAUACAAUGCACUCACUGAUAGCUUACCCUCAGACCUGUUUAAGCUUCAAAAUUUAACAAAGCUUCUACUAAUCUCUAAUGAUAUUUCUGGCCCCAUUCCUCCUGAGAUUGGUAACUGCAGUUCUCUAAUUAGACUACGGCUUGUAAACAACAGAAUCAAUGGGGAGAUACCAAGAGAAAUUGGUUUCCUCAAUAACCUUAGUUUCCUUGAUCUGUCUGAAAAUCAUCUUAGUGGGUCACUACCACUUGAGAUUGGAAACUGUAAAGAGCUGCAAAUGCUGAAUCUAAGCAAUAACUCCCUUUCUGGUGUUUUGCCUAGUUAUUUAUCUUCUCUUACAAGGCUAGAGGUCUUGGAUGUUUCUCUCAAUAACUUUUCUGGUGUGGUUCCAAUGAGUAUUGGCCAACUCACUUCACUUCUUAGAGUCAUCCUAAGCAAAAACUCUUUCUCUGCAUCAAUUCCCUCCUCACUUGGGAAAUGUUCAGGUCUUCAACUGCUAGACCUUAGCAGCAACAUAUUCUCAGGGAGCAUCCCACCAGAACUGUUUCAAAUUGAAGCACUUGAUAUUGCUCUAAAUUUGAGUCAUAAUGCAUUAUCUGGGGUAAUCCCACCAGAGGUUUCUGCUUUGAACAAGCUGUCUGUUCUAGACCUUUCAUACAACAUGCUUGAAGGUGACUUGAUGGUAUUUUCAGGGCUUGAAAAUCUUGUUUCUCUAAAUGUUUCCUACAACAAAUUCACUGGUUAUCUACCAGACACCAAGUUAUUCCAUCAACUAUCAGCAACAGAUUUGGCAGGAAAUCAAGGUUUGUGUCCUAAUGGCCAUGAUGCAUGUUUUGUUAGCAAUGCUGCAAUGACAAAAAUGCUAAAUGAAACUAAUUCUAAGAGGUCAGAGAUAAUCAAACUGGCCAUUGGAUUGCUCAGUGCCUUGACUAUUGCUAUGUCAAUCUUUGGAGUUGUUACGGUUUUUCGAGCAAGGAAAAUGAUUCGAGAUGACAAUGAUUCUGAGAUGGGAAAAGAUUCAUGGCCUUGGCAGUUCACCCCAUUCCAAAAGGUAAACUUCUGUGUGGAGCAAGUUUUAAAGUGUUUGGUGGAAUCAAAUGUGAUUGGAAAGGGGUGUUCAGGGAUAGUUUAUCGCGCCGAAAUGGAAAAUGGAGAUGUCAUUGCUGUGAAAAGGCUAUGGCCAACAACAAUAGCUGCAAGAUAUGGUAGUCAAAAUGACAAUCAAAAUGAGAAAUUAGCAGUUAAUGGAGGAGUUCGUGAUUCAUUUUCAGCUGAGGUAAAAACUCUUGGUUCAAUUCGCCACAAGAACAUUGUAAGGUUCUUGGGUUGCUGUUGGAACAGAAACACAAGAUUGCUUAUGUAUGAUUAUAUGCCAAAUGGGAGUCUAGGAAGUCUACUUCAUGAACGAAGUGGCAACUGCUUGGAAUGGGACAUCAGAUUUCGAAUAAUACUAGGAGCAGCUCAAGGUUUGGCUUAUUUACACCAUGAUUGUGCUCCUUCCAUUGUUCAUAGGGACAUUAAGGCCAACAACAUCCUCAUAGGCCCUGAAUUUGAACCAUACAUUGCUGAUUUUGGGCUUGCAAAACUUGUUGAUGAUGGAGAUUUUGCACGAUCUUCUAGUACACUAGCUGGUUCCUAUGGUUACAUAGCUCCAGAGUAUGGUUAUAUGAUGAAGAUAACAGAGAAAAGUGAUGUUUACAGCUAUGGUAUUGUUGUAUUAGAAGUACUAACAGGGAAGCAACCAAUUGAUCCAACAAUACCAGAUGGACUCCAUAUUGUUGAUUGGGUAAGACAGAAAAGAGGUGGAGUUGAAGUGCUUGAUGAAAGCUUAAGAGCUAGGCCAGAAUCUGAAAUUGAGGAAAUGUUGCAGACCUUAGGUGUGGCUUUGCUUUGUGUAAACUCAAGCCCAGAUGACAGGCCAACCAUGAAAGAUGUUGUAGCAAUGAUGAAAGAAAUUAAGCAGGAAAGAGAGGAAUAUAUGAAAGUUGACAUGCCUCUUGAUGGAUCUUCUGUAAAUCAUCAACAAGAAAGUAAUCAUUUUGGUGAAGAAAAUGGCAAAGAUGAAACAUGCAUGCCCAAUAAGCAGCAGCAGCACUAAUCUGAAUCUGCAUUACUCUCCCCAUCUUCCUCCAAUACUAAAGUAACUUUGAAAUAGUCAAUA